ACGUCGCAAUCCUCCCCUUUCCUAAACGCAAUGCUAAUUUCACCAAAGCGGGAAGACGGUAACCUGUGUCCUUAUGCGUGGAGCCCCCGCCCACCUCACUACCGCGAGCAAGGGGGCGGGACCUGAGCGCUGCUUUGACUCCUCCCAUCCCUGGCACGGCCUGGCUGUUUACAUGGGGGCCGCUCCCCCUCAGCCCUAGAGUCCGCUCGUCUCGUCCUGUCACAUCCCGAACAUCGGCCGCGCGGGGCGCCUCAGCGGCUCCUCCUCGUGCUACGUCAUUGCCGCUCCGCGCCUGGCCGCCUCUGUUGCCAUAGAGACGGUGGCCUGCGAGCGAGCGGCCCAGCCUGGCUAAUUGCGGGCCUGGACAUGCUGAGCAUGCAGCGGAGAGCGCAGGAGGGCGGGGAAGUGGCCAGGCCGAGCCAAUGCAACGACGUCCGCUUCCCGGGGCCCCGACCCAUGCGCCUAAUGGAAUGGAAAGUGUCCACCGGGAUGUCAGUGCAAAUCGGCUCCGUGCUGGCCCUUGGCGUUACAAUCCAGGGGCCCGACGCCAAGGAGCACCGGGGGCCACAGGACGAGGCCGGGAGGCCGCACCGACCGCCCGAGAGGAAAGUUAAGUCGGACCGGGCCGGAGUGGUGCUGGAGCUGUGUGUCAAGCCGGGGCAAGUGGUCUCUGCCGGGGGGGUUUUGGUGAGGCUCUCGAGUUGUAGCCAUCCAGUGGUUAUGAAGGGAUUGUGUGCAGAAUGUGGCCAAGACUUGACACAGCUACAAAACAAGAAUGGAAAGCAGCAGGUGCCAUUAUCCACAGCUACUGUUUCUAUGGUCCACAGUGUUCCAGAACUUAUGGUUAGCUCAGAGCAAGCUGAACAGCUGGGACGUGAGGACCAACAUAGAUUGCAUCGGAACAAGAAGCUUGUCCUCAUGGUUGAUUUAGAUCAGACAUUAAUCCAUACGACAGAACAGCACUGCCAGCAUAUGUCUAGAAAGGGCAUAUUCCAUUUCCAGUUAGGUAGAGGAGAACCAAUGUUGCACACGCGUUUACGACCUCAUUGUAAAGAAUUCUUAGAGAAGAUUGCCAAACUUUAUGAGCUGCAUGUUUUCACCUUUGGAAGCCGACUUUACGCACAUACUAUUGCCGGUUUCUUAGAUCCUGAGAAGAAGCUUUUCUCACAUCGAAUAUUAUCUAGGGAUGAAUGUAUAGAUCCGUUUUCCAAAACCGGAAAUCUUAGGAAUCUUUUUCCAUGUGGAGACUCUAUGGUCUGCAUCAUUGACGAUCGAGAAGAUGUUUGGAAAUUUGCUCCUAAUCUGAUUACAGUUAAAAAGUAUGUCUACUUUCAAGGUACAGGUGACAUCAAUGCACCUCCUGGUUCCAAAGAAGCACAGAUAAGGAACAAAGUACGCAGCUCUAAAGUAUCUGCAUCAGGUCAGCAGUCUGAGUCUCUUACACAGGAUCCUGAACAGUCAAAGAACCUUCCUGUAGAGGAGCAGACUAAUGGACUUGGGAAAGGUGUGAAGGAAGUUAAUGGCAACCCUUUAGCCAGUGAAGCAUUCAAAAAAGAUUCUGCUGCUAGUGAUGGACUAGUGGAGCAGGACACAAGUCAGCAUUCUUGUACCGAUGAUAGUAAAAAUGUAACAGAGACUGAGCCAUCUAAAGAGCAAGAUGAUAGGAUAUCGGUUGCCAAAUCUCAAGAAAAGACUGGUGCGGCAAAAGAUUUAGACUUUGACCUCUCUAGUGAUAGUGACAACGAAACUGAUGUUAGAAAAUCACCACCCCCUUCCUCCUCUUCUGGGAGUGAAAGUGAAUGUAAAAGAAGUUGGAGGAAGUCAAAAAAGCCAGACCAGGUAUCUCAGGAAUCCUCUGCAGAGUCUGGAUCUGGCAAACAAUGGACUGAGAAUCACAGUAGUGAAAAAAGACUAUUAUCUGAAACAAAGGAUAAGCUAUUAGUGCAGGAUGAGGAGAUGGAGGUUCAGGAAGUAGAACCAGAUUCUCUGAUUGACUUAGGUAAUGGAUGCACAGAUAAGAAGGAGAUAGAAACUGAAUCCCAGAAUAGUGAGCAGUCUGGAAUAACAGUAGGAGAAUCACUAGAUCAGAGCAUGGAAGAUGAUGAUGAUGACAGUGAUGACCUAGAUGAAGAUGAUCACUUAAUAUACCUAGAGGAAAUUCUUGUCAGGGUACACACAGAUUACUAUGCAAAGUAUGAGCGAUACCUCAAGAAAGAGUUGGAUGAAGUUCCAGAUAUUCGUAAAAUAGUGCCAGAGCUGAAAAGUAAAGUCUUGGAAAAUGCUGUUCUUGCUUUCAGUGGCCUUCAUCCCACAAACUUUCCUAUUGAGAGGGCACGGGAAUAUUACCAUGCAAGAUCUUUGGGAGCAAAAAUCAACAAAAACCUGGUUUUAAAAGAGGAUGAUCCCAACAAGGUGACUCAUCUAAUUGCAUCUAGAGCAGGUACUGAGAAAGUUAGACAAGCUCUGAAUUGCAAAAACCUUUAUGUUGUCAACCCUGAUUGGCUUUGGAGCUGUCUAGAAAGGUGGGAAAAGGUAGAAGAACAACUGUUUCCGCUAAAGGAAGAUUAUUUGAAGUCUCAGAGAACUAUUAGUCCAACCACCUUCCCAGAUAUUCACGGUGCUUUUCAAACACCACUCUUUCAUCCUACCCCAAUCCAUCCGAAGACCCAAUCAAGUCCUGAAGUGCGGCAGUAUGACCCAGUAACAGGGAAACUCAUUCGGAAAGCUUCACAAAGUUCCAAUCAGUCCCCAUAUGUACAGGCACCUUGUCCUUCACUUAAUGUAGCUGUCCAUGGAGAGCAUUCAUCCUUCAGAGUAGUUCAGCCUCAUGAAGAACAAAUGUUUGAUGAUGAAGAGCUGUCUACGGAAAAUACAGAGGAGGAGCAGUCGGGCCCAACUCGGAGGAAACGCCAGCCAAGCAUGUCGGAAACCAUGCCUUUAUAUACACUUUGUAAAGAGGACCUGGAGAGCAUGGACAAAGAAGUUGAUGACAUUUUGGGAGAAGGCAGUGAUGACAGUGACAGCGAGAAAAAGAAGUCUGUAAAAGUUAAAAAACCACUAAAUACAACACAAAAAAGCUCAGAGAAAGUUCAAGAAUCCAGAGCUGAAUCGUCUUCAUCUAGUGAACAAAGCAUCUCGGAUGGCACAACACGUGGCCAGAAGAGAAAACUGGAUGAUGAUGAUGAAGUCGAUGAGGAUGAAGCUGAUGAAGAGGAAUCCAGUAAUGAGGAGGGAAGCAGUUCCGAGGCAGAUGAAAUGGCAGCAGCUAUUGAAGCAGAGCUCAAUGACUUCAUAUGAAACUUCUGCCAAUAGGGACAGAGUUUGAGUAAUUGCACACGGAAAUGAAUUGUUGUGUUGCUACUUCAGUUUCAGUGUAUGUAUUUUCUUUCCAGGUUUUUCUUUCUCUUGACCUAAGUAUAUGUGUAUAUUUUGCAGGGGGACACAACUUGUUUUACACAUUUUGAACUAGUUGUUUUAAAGGUGUUUUACUUAAGGAACAAUUUCUCUAAGGAAAAAGGAAAUGAGUAUUAUGAGGGGAUUUGUGCUAUGCCAAAGACACGAAAUGCUUUUGUGAAAGCUUUAUAGAUUGAGAGUUUUGGAUUUGUUCUUUUUUUUUUUUUUUUUUUUUUUUUUCUUCUUGUGUGUGUGUGUGUAUGUGUCUCUUGCUUUUCUGACAGUAGUCUGAGAAGUAGAGCAGGAACAGUCCACUGGUGGCUGAAGUUCAUUACAUCAAAAGAAAACAGUGCUUUCCUUAUAUAUCGGGGAUAAAAUUUUUUUUUUUUAAAUAUAUACUAUAUAUAUAUCUAUCUAUAUAUAUAUAUAUAUAUAGAUAUAUAGAUAUAUAUAUAGAUAUAGAUAGAUAUAUAUUAUAUUUGUAUAGAUGUAGAAAAUGUGAUGAGAAAAUUGUAAACUUGACUUGUCACUUGCCUCUUAACUAAUGUCACUGGGUAAAUCUCCUGUUUUUACACGUUCCUCUGUGCAUUAGUUUUGGGUUUGCUAGAAAGCAGUGUUUAGAUUUUUUUUUCAACUUUGGCUCCCUGUUCUGGUGCUGCAACUCAAUGUGGCUGUGAACUGGGACAGGAAAUUAUUCAUUGGAAGCUCUUUAGGCAGAUUAAAUCAUUGCUAUAGCUUAACAUGCAAUAGGGUUUUAUUCAAUUGAGAAGACUAAUGUAAAGUUUUUGUAUAUUCUAUUUCAUAUUUGACCCACAAAACAGAUUUUCUUUCAUUUAAUAAAACAGAUCAAUUUUGUAGAUGUUGGUGUCUGAUAUUUUGUUUUACGUCAAACUACACAUCAUUUAAAAAAAAUGCUGGAAAAGGUUUAUAUAGUGCUUUUUGUGAGAGCUGUUCACACUUCCUGUAUCACUAU